CCACUGCCACCAUGCUGGUGUCCGGGAUGCUCCUCGUGGUUGUGCUGACCUGCCUCAGCGUCAUGAUCAUAAUGUCUGUGUGGAGGCAGAGGAGACUGUUGAGGAAGAUGCCUCCAGGACCCACCCCACUGCCCUUUAUUGGGAACUUUCUGGAGCUGGACACAGAGAAGUUUUAUGACUGCCUUUCAAAGAUGAGGGAGCGGUAUGGCCCUGUGUUCACCAUCCACCUGGGGCCUCGCCCUGCUGUGAUGCUGUGGGGUUACGAUGCUGUGAAGGAGGCUCUCAUUGACCAGGCUGAGGAGCUCAGUGACCGAGGAGAGCAAGCUUUCUUCGACUGGUUCUUCAAAGGCUAUGGUGUGGUGUUCAGCUCCGGGGAGCGCGCCAAGCAACUCAGGCGCUUCUCCAUCGCCACGCUGAGGGACUUCGGCUUUGGAAAACGUGGCAUUGAGGAGCGCACCAUAGAGGAGACCAGCUUUCUCAUACAGGCCCUGCGGGACACAAACGGUGCCACAAUAGACCCCACCUUCUACAUGAGCCGGACAGUCUCCAACGUCAUCAGUUCCAUUGUGUUUGGGAACCGCUUUGAAUAUGACGACAAGGAAUUCUUGUCACUGUUGGGCAUGAUAAUGCGAAGUUUCCAGUUCAUGUCUACUUCAACAGGACAGCUCUUUGAGAUGUUCUAUUCAGUGAUGAAGCACCUGCCAGGAUGCCAGCACCAGGCCUAUAAGGAAAUGCAGGGACUGGAGGACUUCAUAGCCAGGAAGGUGGAAGAGAACCAACGCACCCUGGACCCCAACUCCCCCCGGGACUUCAUCGACUCCUUCCUCAUCCGCAUGCAGGAGGAGAAGAAGAACCCUCGAACUCAGUUUCACAUGAGGAACCUGCUCAUGACCACACUGAACCUUUUCUUCGCGGGUACAGAGACCGUCAGCACAACCACGCGUUACGGCUUCCUGCUGCUCAUGAAGUACCCUCACAUUGCAGCCAAGAUGCAUGAGGAAAUUGACCAGGUGAUUGGCAGGAACAGGCAGCCCAAGUAUGAGGACCAUUUGAAGAUGCCCUACACUGAGGCUGUCAUCUACGAGAUCCAGAGAUUUGUAGAUGUGGUUCCUUUGGGUCUGCCCCGUAGCACCACCAAGGACAUCAAGUUUCGGGACUUCCUCAUUCCCAAGGGCACUGACGUUUUCCCUGUACUGAGCUCUGUGCUGAAGGACCCCAAGUUCUUCUCCAACCCCAACGACUUUAACCCCCAGCACUUCCUGGAUGACAAGGGACAGUUUAAGAAGAGCAAUGCUUUUAUGCCCUUCUCCGUUGGAAAGCGAUACUGUUUUGGAGAAAGCCUGGCUAAGAUGGAGCUCUUCAUCUUCUUCACAACCAUCAUGCAGAAUUUCUGCUUCAAGUCCCCACAGGCACCCCAAGACAUAGAUGUGACCCCACAAUAUUUCAGCUUUGCCGCAAUCCCUCCAAAAUUCACCAUGAGCUUCCUGCCUCGCUGAGCGGGAACUCUGAUGGGUGGAGACAAUGAGCAUGUCCAGAAACAGGGCGGGGCUAAUGGGGUGGGGCCAAUCCGGGUAGGGCUAAAGGAGAGCAUGAAAAUUAGAGGGAAGUCUGGGGCCUGAAGUAUUACACAGAGAGAGAGAGAGAGCUGAGCAGAGUGAUCACCUUCCUGAAGACGGGUUCUUCAAAGUUGGGAAGAGAGGCUGGGAUGCCUUCCCGUCGUAUCUGAACACCGAUCGUAAUAAUUAAAGCUAUUGUUGAUUGUG